AUGCGUUCCCGCCGCACAUUGCUAAAAAUCUCUCUCUCUCUUGCCGAGACCACGUUCGAGACCUCAGAAGGGAUCACGGGGUCGCCAUCAACAAUAUCUGCCGCUGCUCUUGCCAAUCUUCGCGAGGCUACUGACAAGAGGGCGGAGGAGGAGAAGGCGAAGAGGCGCGCAAAGGCGGCGGAGGCGGCGGCGGCCAGGAAGGCGGCCAAGGAGAAGAACAAUAAGGCCAAGAAGGCGCCGCCCGCCUUCAAGCUCGAGGAGGAGCGGAGGGCGCGGGCUGCGGCAGAGGUUCGCGCACAGGAGGAGAGGGCGGCGCAGCUGGCUGCUGAGCAGGAGGCUGCGAGGCGGGCGGAGCGUGAGGCGGCUGAGCUAGCGGGUGCGGCGGAGCAGGCGGCGCUGCGCGAGGCUGCGGAGCUGGCAGAGGCGUUGCGCCGGUCAGAGAUAGAUGCGGAGGAGGAGGCUCUGGCGCGUCGGGUGUCGCGGUGCGAGGAGGCGGUGAGCAGCGAGUCGACCGGCGGCGGGGACCUGAUGCGGCGUGUCGAGCGGCUGGAGGCGAGCCUCGGCGCGGCGACCGAGGGCAGCCUCGAGGAGCGGGUCGGCGCCAUCGAGCGCUUGAUCGGGCCAGAGGCGGGAGAGGCGGCGGAGCAGCAUCUGCCAGUCACCGAGUCGCUUGCUGCCGUCUCGCUUGCGGACGCCGGCCUCGACACGGGGCGGCCGGCUACCCCCGAGUCCACGAUGGGGGGCGAGACCACGUGCAUCGUGUCGGCUUCGCGAGAGUCAAGUCGCAUGCUGCGGUCCCGUGCGGGCACCUGUGCGCUUGCGGGCCAUGCUCUGAGCUGA